CUUCCGCUUUAAGAAGGCGGCUCCGUCUCAGUGUAGUGUGUUUAUACGAUCCCAGAAGUGGCACCACCACAUGGAAAACGAUACUGUGUUUUUAAUUCAACAUGGCGAAAGCAUAUGCCGCUCUUCCAGUGGAUACGUUUGACAAACUUUAAUUGUGUGUAUAGUGGUGCGUUUCGACAAGAUGAUCGAAAGUUGAUAUUGUUCCUGUGAUCCUGUCUGACUAUUUUUACACCGCUGCCAGUGAGUGGAGCUACAGUAAAUGCGGCAACAUACGGCGCGCAGGGAAAGGAACCGAGAGAAGUGAACGCGUGCUGGAACGUUACACAUACAAGAGGAGAAAUUUAGAAAACGGACGUGAAAUAAACAGUGUUAGUUCGUGCCAAAUCAGUGAGUGAGAUGGACGGACUACGGGUAACGGGCUGUGAGCGCACCUCAACCGACGGCGAGUGAACAGACCGAGUCUGAAGCGGAUUGGAAUGGCAGCAUCCAGCAACUCAAGCCUGUCGGGUUCAUCAGUGUCUUCUGAUCCUGAGGAUUACCAACCGCCCAUAUGGAAGUCUUACUUGUACCGGCUCCAGCAGGAAGCUCCUCGGCCCAAGAGGAUGACCUGCCCUAAGGAGAUGGAGACCAGACCCAAAUAUUACGGCAGAGAGUUCCAUGGCAUGCUAUCCAGAGAGUCUGCAGAUGAGCUACUGGGAGGAGCAGAGGGGGCUUACCUUGUCAGAGAGAGCCAGAGACAGCCAGGGACACACACCUUGGCCUUAAGGUUUGGGCACCAGACCCUGAACUACAGACUGUUCUAUGACGGGAAGCACUUUGUGGGGGAGAAGCGCUUUGAGACGGUCCAUGACCUGGUGACGGAUGGCCUCAUCACCCUGUACAUCGAGACCAAGGCAGCAGAGUACAUCGCCAAGAUGACCACCAACCCCAUCUAUGAACACCUGGGCUACACAUCCCUGCUGAAGGACAAGAUGGGGCACCGGCUGAGCCGGAGACUCACUGAACCCCAUAGGGUCACCUUCCAGAGAGAGGACAGGAAGAUCACCACUUCUCCUCUGGUACGGCACAGCACCCUGAAAGACUGCCCCUCCGAGAAGCAGAGCUCCUAUGACAAGAUCCACAACUUCAAGGUUCAUACUUUCCGAGGGCCUCACUGGUGCGAGUAUUGUGCCAACUUCAUGUGGGGCCUCAUAGCCCAAGGGGUCCACUGCUCAGACUGUGGGCUGAACGUACACAAGCAGUGUUCCAAGCUGGUGCCCAGCGACUGUCAGCCAGACCUGCGCAGGAUUAAGAAGGUGUUCAGCUGUGACCUCACUACCCUGGUCAAGGCCCACAACACCACACGGCCCAUGGUGGUGGACAUGUGUAUCAAGGAGAUAGAACUACGAGGUCUGCAGUCUGAGGGCCUCUACAGAGUGUCUGGCUUCUCAGAACACAUUGAGGACGUGAGGCUCGCCUUUGACCGAGAUGGCGAGAAGGCAGACAUCAGUGCCAAUGUGUACAACGACAUCAACAUCAUCGCUGGAGCUCUGAAGCUCUAUCUGAGAGACCUGCCCAUUCCAGUCAUCACAUUCCACGUGUACUCCACAUUCAUACAAGCUGCAAAAAUUCCCAACCCAGACACCAGACUGGAGGCCAUCCACGAGGGGCUGCUGCAGCUCCCGCCAGCCCACUACGAGACCCUACGCUACCUGAUGAUGCAUCUCAAGAAGGUCACCAUGUUUGAAAAGGACAAUUUCAUGAAUUCUGAGAACCUGGGGAUUGUGUUUGGUCCAACGUUAAUGCAGCCGCCUGAACAGGACGCCCUGGCCACUCUGAACGACAUGAGGCAUCAAAACUCAUCGUACAGCUCCUGAUAGAGC